AUGAAAAAGAAAGAACAAGAGUUGAGCGGCGCCUCCUUCUUCUUGGACGAUCUCCUAGGGCUUCUCUUCUCUCUCUCUCUUCUCACACGCCUCUUCUCUAUUCGAUCAAGGCCUUUGGCGCUGCUGCUCGGGCCAUUAGACACUCCAAAUCCUCCAUGGGCUUCGUUUGCUCGCUUACCGGACAUGUCUCGAGGGGGAAAUGGCUCUCCAAAUGAGGAAGGCAGUGAGGAAACUGAGAGUGAUGAGGAAGGAGAAGAGGUGAACCAAUUGGUUGAUGAAGAUGACCAAGAGGGGAACCAAGAUGAGCCAAUGGAAGAGGCUGAGGAAGACCAAGAGCACUACAAUGCUCUCUUCUCCAUGGACUUCGUGGAGACCAAGUACCCACACGAUGACACCAUGAGAGAUCUUGGUAUCUUUGAGGAUGUGGAGUUGGUGCUCAAGAACAUGCAAUUGGGGAAGUUCUUCUCUCACCGCAUGGAGUCUUACAAGGAGUCACUUGUGAGUUUUUGGCGUCGAUGA